CGUUUAAGGACCAUUACCAUGGCAACGUUGCUAAGGUGUCAAAAUGUCUAAUCUUAAUCAAGAGUUAAAUGAAUAUCUUCUAAAUAAUAAAAAUGAGAAACAAUUCAAAAUAUCAAUUCCUUCAGUGAAAAUACCUAAACCACAGUUAGGAAAAUGGUUUAGGAAGGAGGUGGAAGAAGAGAGUGUUAAAACUGCUUGCUGUCCUACUUUGACCAGAUUCCAACGACUCACAGCAUUCGCUUUCUGCUUUUUUACGGGAAUAAUUUGUUUUAUUUUGUCUGCUAUCUAUAUACCUGUACUGCUACUUAAGGCGAGAAAAUUUGCACUUUGUUAUUCUCUAGGAAGCUUCUUUUUUAUUCUAAGUUUUUGCUUUUUAUGGGGCCCAAUGAACUAUAUGAAGUCGCUUUCCACACCAGAAAGAAGAUGUUUUAGUAUAUCUUAUUUUGCAUCGUUAUUUGGCACACUGUAUUUUUCUCUGCAUUUACAAUCGACUCCUUUAACUGUUUUGUGCGCGAUUUUUCAACUGAUUGCGAUGGUAUCAUUCGCAUUUAGUCACAUUCCAGGAGGCGUUACAGGCCUUAUGUUUUUUACAAAAAUGUUCAAAUCGUCCGUUAAUUCUUCGUUACUUGUGUAAUGUUAAAUUGUUUAUUGUCAUAAAUUAUUCUACUAUACAGUGUGUAAAGAAAUUUUAAUAAAUAAAUUAAAUUUUAUGUA